AUGUCUGACGCCUCCGUUGUUGAAGCCACCGCAUCUCCAGUCGCCUCUGUUGAGAAAAAGGCACCUAAGAAAGCCGCUGCCAAGGCAAAGAAACCCUCUGCUGCCCCAAGCCAUCCACCAACCCAACAAAUGGUCGAUGCUGCCAUCAAAACAUUGAAAGAACGUGGUGGUUCCUCAUUGCCUGCCAUCAAGAAAUACUUGGCCAGCACAUACAAAGUUGAUGCUGUAAAAUUGGCCCCAUUCAUCAAGAAGUACUUGAAGAGCGCUGUUGCUAGUGGAAAAUUGAUCCAAACUAAAGGUAAGGGUGCCUCCGGUUCAUUCAAAUUGUCCCCAUCUGCCUCGAAGGAACCUAAAGCAAAGAGCGCUGAAAAGAAGAAGAAGGCCCCAGCCAGUGAUAAGAAAAAGAAGGCAGCAGCACCCAAAAAGGCAGCCGGUGAAAAGAAAGCCGCUGCAAAGAAGCCUUCCGCUAAAAAGAAGGCAGCAGCACCCAAAAAGGCAGCCGGUGAAAAGAAAGCCGCUGCAAAGAAGCCUUCCGCUGCUAAAAAGACCGCCGAGAAGAAGAAGACCGAAAAGGCCAAGGCUAAAACUGCCAAAAAGACAGGUACAGUUAAAGCUAAACCCGCAAAAACAGCCGCCAAAGCAUCAGCCACUAAACCAAAGGCACCCAAGGCAAAAACCACCGCUGCCAAGCCCAAAAAGGCUGCCGCAGCAAAGAAGCCAGCUGCCAAGAAGACCGCCGCUAAGAAGUAA